UCUGUGCUUUGGUUCUGCCCGAGUGUGAAUGUGAAUACACUGAGGUUUGUCCUUUCUCCUCUCCCCAGGAGUGCCCUCCCGUGCCAAUGGAGGACUGGGCCGGAUGUUGCUGCCUUCAGUGAUGCGUGGGGCUGGCGCACAGCCUGCAGCAGGAGUGCCACCCAUGGUUUCGAAAGGGCUCGGACCACGUAUGAUCGUCAACGGCUACGGAAUGGGAACAAUUCCUAGAGUACCAACAGGAGGAUUGGCAAAUGGUCGACAGGGUGCAAAAGCCCCAGGGUUUGCUCCUGCUAAUGGAUUCCCCCGUGGACCCCUGCCAUUGGGAGUGCCUGGGGGCAUUGGAGGCAAGAGGAAGCCAGGUUAUGGAAUUCCCAGGAAUGGAUUUCCCACGGGCUACCAGAACGGAUUGCGCAAUGGACAAGCUGGACAGAGACUGGUACCGGGCCAUGCGAAACAAGGCUACGGGAAUGGAGUGGGCAGACUGCCAGGCCCUGGUGUGUUACAGCCGGCCUACGCCAACGGUUACCGCAAUGGUCACGGUUACCUGAACGGAUAUGGCCCCGGGUACGGUGCCGGCAUCCUCAACGGUUAUGGUGGGACUGCAGGUUUGACUAAUGGUGCCGGUCUACAACCGGGAGCUGCCGGGAAAGGCCUUGGGCCUGCAGGUUAUGGAGGGGUUCCUGGAAUAACCAAUGGUAAGGCUGCACCUGACCCUUGA